AACGAAUUACCGAACGUUUAAAAAGACUCCGGAGAGUUAGGAAUUAUCGUUUGUUCUCGAGCGUUGGUAGAACUGGACGUAGUUUACGGUUGACUGUCAUGGCCAGUAGGCAAAAGUGUCUCCGCUCGGUGCAUUUUUUUGUAUUAAUUUCGUGCUUAAGUUUUGUGGAAAAUAAAAGCGUUACGAUCGAGCAAGGGGAUUUACGAGGCAACACAUUGACCUCGAGAGGGGGUAGAAAUUUUACUGCUUUUCGUGGCAUCCCUUAUGCCCAACCACCGAUCAACAAGCUCAGAUUUAAAAAUCCUGUGCCGGCGGAUUCAUGGAACGGUACAUUCGUGGCAGACGAAGAAGGUAAUCGAUGCCCUCAACUGAAUGUAUCCAGCGGCGAAGCCUUCGGCAAUGAAGACUGUUUAUAUUUGAACGUGUACACGCCGAAGACGAAUCCGGUGACUUUGUAUCCGACCAUAGUAUACAUCCAUGGAGGUGCUUUCACGAGGGGGCAUGGAGGUGCCGACUACGUCGGCCCCCAGUACAUAAUGGACAAAGAUAUCGUGUUCGUAUCGAUGAACUACCGUCUGGGUGCUCUGGGUUUUUUGAGCACUGGUGAUGCUGCAGCACCUGGCAACUUCGGUCUUAAAGAUCAGCUCUUAGCGCUCCGAUGGGUUAAUGAAAACGUGAAAGCGUUUGGCGGCGAUCCGCAGAGGAUCACACUCGCCGGACAGAGCGCUGGCAGCGUCAGCGUCAAUCUUCAUGCUUUGUCUGAAGCCAGUAUUGGCCUAUUCAAUCAAUACAUAACCCAGAGCGGAAGUCCAUUAUCUUUCUGGGCAUAUCGCGAUAUAUCGAGCCACAAAAAAUACGCGAGCGAUCUCGGAAAGCACGUUGGUUGCCCGACUAAUGAUUCGGAGGUCUUAAUCGAGUGUCUUCGUCGCAUCGAGGUCUACGAUCUUCUUACUACGGAAAUCUUCAGCGGAAUUUCAACAGAAUUCAACACCUGGGUACCCACCAAUGAACCACCGCUCGAGGGCGCUUUUAUCACUGAAAGUCCAAUCGAAUUACUUCUCGGCAAUAAAUUACGCGAUUAUCCGUGGAUAUCUGGCAACGUGGCCGACGAAGGGCUCAUCUUAUCGGCACACCUUUACGUCCACGAGGACUUUUACGACUUCGUAGCAAAAGAUGUCGUCAAAUUUUUACAAUACUUAACGAUAACCUUCAUCGACACGAAUAAUUCGACGACCCUGGGCACGGACAUCGCCGAGUUUUACUUGAAGAAUGUCGAUCUCAGUAAUAAGGAUGCUCUCAUUCAAGCACUAACGCGAAUCGUAAACGACGUUGGUUUUUUACUCCCUGCUAUCAUACAAAUGCAAAUUGCUUUGAAUCGAAUGAAAAGUCCUUUUUACUACUAUCUGUUCGAGUACCGGGGCACGAACAGCGAAACCGAGAGAACUUUGCAUGAAAAUCGGGACAUCGGUGUGGCUCACGGCGACGAAUUGUUCUACAUUUUUCCACCAACGAAAACUAAUCUCGCGUCCGGAGGUGGAAUGGUUCACCUCGAUGAAACGAUGAUCAACAUUAUGACAGAUCUUUGGAGUUCGUUCGCCUAUAACGGGGUUCCAGUGACGAAACACAUGCACGAGACCAACACCUGGAAGCCCUUCGACCAAGAAAUGACCUAUUUGGGAAUAGGUGGUCGCAAUCAUACAAUGUUGACCGUUGGAAAGAACUUGCAACACGAGCGAAUGCGCUUUUGGAUAAAGCAGUUGUUCAAAUAUGCAUUUCACAUGUUUACCAAAAAAAAUAACAAGUGAAUCCGAGAAGCCACUCAAACGAGUUCAUUAAAAAUAAAUGGAGAAUCUUUAUUGUAAA